AUGGCUCAGCCAGGGCCCGGCUGUAAAGCCAGCUCCCGCUGCCUGGAGGGAACCGCACCGCCCAGCAUGGCUCAGUCAGACGGAGAUGCUCUGCCCGGGGGCCUAGACAAGGACGAGGGACGCUCUUCCCCUUGCACGCCUAGCACCCCUUCAGUUUGCUCACCUCCCUCCGCCUCCUCCUCGGUGCCAUCCACAGGCAAAAACAUCUGUUCUAGCUGUGGCCUCGAGAUUCUCGAUCGCUACCUGCUCAAGGUCAACAACUUGAUCUGGCACGUGCGAUGCCUGGAAUGCUCUGUCUGUCGCACGUCACUUCGGCAGCAGAACAGCUGCUACAUUAAGAACAAGGAAAUCUUCUGCAAAAUGGACUAUUUCAGCCGGUUCGGUACCAAGUGCGCCCGGUGUGGCCGCCAGAUCUUUGCCAGUGACUGGGUGCGACGGGCACGGGGCAAUGCUUACCACCUGGCCUGUUUUGCCUGCUUCUCCUGCAAGCGGCAGCUCUCCACAGGCGAGGAGUUCGGGCUGGUGGAGGAGAAAGUGUUGUGCCGAAUCCAUUACGACACUAUGAUCGAGAACCUCAAGAGAGCAGCUGAGAACGGCAAUGGAAUCACAUUGGAAGGGGCCGUGCCAUCAGAACAGGACAGUCAACCAAAGCCAGCCAAGCGGGCAAGGACAUCCUUCACAGCGGAGCAACUGCAGGUAAUGCAGGCCCAGUUUGCCCAGGACAACAAUCCUGAUGCACAGACACUUCAGAAGCUGGCAGACAUGACAGGCCUUAGUCGUCGAGUUAUCCAGGUCUGGUUUCAAAACUGCCGAGCCCGCCAUAAAAAGCACACACCCCAGCACACAGUGCCACCCUCUGGAGCUCCACAGUCUCGUCUCUCCUCUUCCCUGUCUGAUGACAUCCACUAUUCCCCCUUCAGCAGCCCUGAGCGAGCCCGCAUGGUCACCCUGCACGGAUAUAUAGAAAGUCAUCCUUUUUCAGUACUGACUACACAGACUCUUCCACAUCUGUCUAUGGUGAUUCCACAGCUGCCCCUCAGUCACUGAAAUCCUGUGUGUCUGCCCCCUAUGACUAGUGGCUUCUGCCUCAGCCUUUCCAUUCAUUUCCAUGAACCACCAGCCAGUUCCAGGUCCCCACUCAGCCACCCGGGGCCUUUCUUCCCCUCCUGCUGAAAGCAGGCCCGGGGUUGUGCAGACCAAGGCCAGCCAGCAUGGAUCCCCAGAGCUACCAGGGACACUCCUGAGGCCACUUCUUGGAAGGCAAAACUCCCCAAAAUUUGGAAACAGGGUGAAAAAACUUUUAUUUUUGUUGAAACUGCAGUAAUUUUCAACUCGAGUGAAUUAGAAUUAAGAAAGAAUGAAAUUGUCAGGACAGUAACAAUAUCCAAUUUAAAUUAUUUUAAUAUUGGCCUUUGUUACCCAUUUCCUUGAGACCAUCUAUGAAUUCUGAAUAGUUGACAACCCCAAAUGUUAUCCACUCAGUUGCUUUUGUUUGAGAAACUAUACAGUUUUUAUGGGAAAUUCCCAAAAGAAAACUGUUUUCUAAUUUUAUCAUUUCCAUCUGUCUGGUUGUGUCAAGUUAAUUCAAAGAACAAAGGGAGACUCACCAGUUCUGAGAGCCACAUAGGAUGCAAACGAAGAGCUUACCCAGCCAGAAGAAAAGGUGGCCCCACACUAGGCAUGAUGUCUUCGGGAGUCUUUGAAUCUUUCCAGAAUGUAGUUGUUCCUCUUUUCUCCAGCUUACUGUAAAGCCUAGCUAGGGGAAAAAAACAUUGGCAAACCAAGCAGAAAAACCUAACCAUGCACUGCAACUCCAUCCCAAGGACCGAUUUAUUGAUGUAAGUCAUAGAAUCUUAGAAUCCCUAAGUUGGAAGAGACUGUAGGGGUCAUCUCAGUCCCCAUCAAAAGCAUGCCUCCCUUCCCUGCCAAGUGGCCCUCCAGCCUCUGCUUGAACACCUCCA